CUGGGGAGGGUAUAAAUAAAUAAGGCGAGAAACUCAACGGGAGAAGAGCGGAUCAAACAAAACUGCACACACCUGGAGCCAGCAGACUGUGAGCCUGUUGGUCUCAAGCAUCAGGAGGAUGUGAAUCACUCACUUUGACUGACUGCAUCGCAUUCAUCACUGUUUGUGGAGGAAUGUUCGCUUUUUACACGCUCUGUAAACCAAUGGGCUGGAGUAGAGGCUGCGUGGAACGGAGACAGUUACCUGCUGCUGUGUCUCUCCUCAGACUGAUGUGAUGGCUGUCCCUUACAGAAAGGGAACCAGAGGCUGUGUCUCACAGAAAGAGUGAUUUGGCUGCACCAUCAUCAGGACCCCACUGGAUGUUCUCUUGAUGUAUUGCUGUGGUCUGGGACACUGGCGGAGAGAACAGUCCACCUAUGGUUCGGCGGACCGUCAGGACACAGGGGCCACUGAGGAGAAGGAGAAGAAUGCACAAGUCCAGCUCGAGAAGGCCAAGUAUAAGCCAGUUGCUUUCGCCGUUCGCACAAACUUCACCUACACUCCUGCAGAUGAUGACAACGUCCCCAUACCAGGGCAUGGGGUUUCCUUUGAAGCAAAAGACUUCCUACAUAUCAAAGAGAAGUUUAAUAAUGACUGGUGGAUUGGACGGCCUGUAAAGGAAGGGGGAGAGGUUGGUUUUAUCCCCAGCCCAGUGAACCUGGAGAUGAUUCUAAUCAGGAGAGAGGUGCAGGCCAGGAAGGCCGCCAAAGCGCUGGCCAAUAAAGCGGCUAGUGCUGCCAAAGAUGAUUUGAAUGCAAAGAAAACGGCUCCACCUCCAACAGUUCAGCAAGUGAAGAAGAAAUCGGGAGAGCAACUGGCUGCAUAUGAUGUUGUGCCUUCCAUGCGUCCUGUGGUGCUCAUGGGGCCUUCGCUCAAGGGCUAUGAGGUUACGGACAUGAUGCAAAAAGCACUCUUUGAUUUUUUAAAACACAGAUUUGAUGGAAGAAUAACUAUCACCCGGGUGACGGCAGAUAUUGCACUUGCCAAGCGGUCGAUCCUCAACAACCCCAGCAAGCACGCCAUCAUGGAUCGCUCCAACACCCGCUCUAGUUUAGGUAAUCAAGCCCAAAUCCAAGGAGAGGUUGAGAGGAUUUUUGAGUUAGCACGCAGCCUACAGCUUGUGGUUCUGGAUGCCGACACCAUUAACCACCCUAUCCAACUAAGCAAGACCUCCUUGGCCCCUAUCCUGGUGUAUGUCAAGAUUUCAUCACCUAAGGUUCUCACAAGACUGAUAAAGACCAGGGGCAAAUCUCAGACUAAACAUUUGAAUGUCCAGAUGGUGGCCGCAGACAAACUGGCCCAGUGUCCUAAUGAGCUGUUCGAUGUCAUCUUGGAUGAGAACCAGCUGUCAGAUGCCUGUGAACACAUCGCUGAUUACCUGGAGGCCUACUGGAGAGCCACACACCCUCCUGAAAUGGAACCUCCCAACCCCAUGCUGGAGAAACUGGCAGAAAACACACUCCCCACCAGCCCCACACCUGCUAAGGAUGAACAGAAAAGCAAGAAGAUUGCCGCCACCAAGAGAAAAGGAUAUCAAGAGAACCAGCAGGAGCUUUUGCCCCAGGCUCAGGAGACGAGAGAGGAGGAGGAGGAGGAGGAAGAAGAAGAGGAAGUGCUGGAGGAGGCUGAGGAGGAGGAGAGGCUCCUUCGUAGUGAGCCAAAGAGACGCAGCCAUCACCAUCACCACCAUCAUCAUCACCACCGCUCCAGCACCAGCCGACCGACCGAGCCCCACAACAAACACCAGCACCACAUGCGCCAGCAGCAGCCCACCGACAUGGAGCAGCUUCCCACUAAAGACGCUUCGCACACAGAGUCCCGGAGCAGGCGCGCUCUCCCGGGUGAGGGCGACCCGGAUCAAACCGAGGUCUACCAUAACAGGACUACAAUUCAAAAGGACCAUAACCAUCACCAUCGACAUCACCACCACCGCCGCGGCGGGACCACAGACAUUCAGCCGGAUUAUUCCCACCACGGGCAGCAGGACUAUGAGCUGGAGCACAACGAGCACAACAGGCAACAGAGACAGCCGAUACAGCUGCGCUCGCACCAACAAUCACACCACUACGCUCACCCACACCACAACCACUAUCACUACCAGGGACGGGAGCGGGACAGGGAGAGGGACAGGUGCGUGGAGGCGGAGGAGUGGACUGAAGACAUGUACAUUCAUCACUGACAUGGACGUUGCUUUAAUGCUGCUAUGUUUAAAUGCUGGCUACCGUGUACUCAGGACAACAUGGUUUCUCUUUCUUUAUCUGUUCUUCUGUGUUAUUGCCUACUCUGGUCGAAAUCUAACUUUCCUUGAUUAUGAGCCUUUCAUUCGUAUAAUUCUGUGUUUCCUUGGCUUUAUGUGCCUCUUGUUAUCAGGCCUGUGAUUACCAUAUUUUUUCAACGAUUUCAGCACGUUUGGUAUUUCCAAUCCCAAGUAUGUGGUUACAUCCUUGCUUGUUAUUUCCCCUGUUGUUAACGGUCAGUCAGAUACACCAUUUUUUUCAAACAAUUUCGUGAAACGCACAUGCAAACUGGUCAUCUCUUAUCAUCUUUAUUUUUCACCCCUGAGAAAGAUAACAUACGUUUUUUAGUUUCUGU